AUGUCGUGGAAUACUGUCCUACUAGGGCUUAUAGCGAUCUACCUCACGUUGGUCCACGCUUUGAGGUACAGGCGCCGCGACAGCAUCAUUCAUCGAUUCAGUCCAGCAGGACGCCAAUCCUUGAGCACGCUGUCCCUCGCGGACGCACAUUCGAUCGUCCUGGACCUGGCUACGCUCGAGUUCCCCUGCACCUUCUCCGGAUCCAUAUUCUUCGCACUGUUCAAGCUAUCAUCGAGCUCCACGGCCUCCAAGCACGCCGCAGACACGGGGUUCAUGAUUACCGAAACCGUGCUGAACGCGCCAUCCUCUCCACGCGUCAUCGACGGCGUGGCCCGCAUGGACUACCUCUCUGGUCGGUAUCGGAAAGCAGGCAAGAUCACCGACGACGACAUGCUCUACACGCUCGGCCUGUUUGCCCUGGAGCCGGUGCGUUGGAACGCCGUGUACGACUGGCGCGUCCUGACCGAUGUCGAGGAGUGUGCUCACGGUGUUUUCUGGAGGGAUAUGGGCGAGGCUAUGGAGAUCUCGUAUGAGCAGCUGCGGCCGUAUAUGGGCGUGAGUGAAGGUGAAGGGAGUGAUGCUGGCGAUGGUCUGGCUUGGAUGGAUGCUUUGCAGAUGUGGUGCGAUGGGUAUGAGAUCCGACACAUGCUUCCGGCGGUUUCUAAUAAGCGGGUGGCUAAGGCCACGCUUGAUAUUGCCGUGUUCAAUGUUACGACCCGGCUUCGGGGGGUCGCUGUCGGGCUUGUGAGUGCGUUGCUUGAGCCGAGACUUCGGCGGGCUAUGACGUUCGAAGACCCCCCUAUCAUAUACGCCCAACUGCUCACCGCGGUCCUCAACCUCCGGAAGUGGUUGUACACUACCUCUGUCUUCCCAGACCGAUGUGGCUCCGUACAAAGUGGUUCACCGACGAAAAAGACGUCGCCACCGGCAGGUACCAUGCUCUGA